GUUUAGCGUUCGCGGCCACCAGAGCAGCUGAUCGAGCCGGCGGACGUGUUUUUUCUCGCCAAUUGCAUCAGAUUCGGCACGUUUUUCGCGUGUUGGCGGAGAUGCAGCGGCUGUUGCACUCGUCGGCGCCGCUGUGGGCGUCGCUGGACAAGGCCAUGCUCGGCAAGCUGCGCAAAAAGACCGGCUACACGUUCAGCAACUGCAAAAAGGCGCUCGAAGUCUGCGGCAAUGACAUCACCAAGGCGGAGGAGUGGCUGCACGAGCAGGCCAAGGCGCUAGGCUGGGCCAAGGCGAACAAACUCGAGGGCCGCGCGACUGCGCAGGGCCUGGUGGGCGUGGCCUCCGACUCGAGCUGCGUCGCCAUGGUCGAGGUCAACUGCGAAACUGACUUCGUCGCCAGGAACAAGACCUUCCGCUCGCUGGUCGAACGCGUGGCGGCCGCCUGCCUCAACCACGCCAAGACCCUUCCGCAGGACAACCUGACGAAGAGUUUCCUUUCAGCUGAUCAGUUGAAGACUGUGCCCUGCGGCAAGGAGGGCGGCCCUUUGGCCGACCACGUGGCCCUGGCGAUCGGCAACGUGGGCGAGAACCUGUCACUGCGGCGAUGCGCCGUGUUGCAGGCGCCGCCCAGGUCGGCGGUGCACCUGUCAGGGUACACGCACCCUGCCGAGAACUCGCUCGGCGUCGGCCCUGUGCUGUGCGGCAGGUACGGCGCCCUGGUCGCCUUCAAAGCCGCCCUGGACUCGGCGCCGAAGACGCAGAUCCUCGGAAGGCAGCUUUGUCAACACAUUGUCGGAAUGUGUCCUGAGCGGAUCGGCGACCCUGAGAAGGACUCCCCUAACCCUGACACGGACUCGGAGUCGGUUCUGAUCUUCCAGGAGUUCCUGCUGGACGUGAACCAGACCGUGGGCAACGUCCUGGAGGAGCACGACGCUUCGAUUUUGGACUUUGCGCGUUUCGAGUGCGGCGAGAAGUGUUGAACAAAAAAGGAAACCUGUGAAAUUUAGAAUUGCAAUUUAAUCUCUCGAGUCAGGCGGCCCAGUCGUGACUAAUUUGGGCCGAGCGAAUAAUAAAUUAUGCCAUCGACUGCAUAUACACACACUCACA